GCGGCGUCCACGUGGAGGAGGUAAACAACAGCUGGCCCGGACACCAUGACAUCCAAAGUCACCUUCAAGAUCACCCUCACCUCUGACCCCAAGCUGCCCUACAAAGUAUGAGAGCCGAUGGCAGCUGAGUGAGAAAAGCCAAGGGUUUUAGCCCAGCAAGGGAACUGUUCUCACACCAGCUCUACCAGGCAGGCCACUGGCCAGCCUAGUGGUGCAUAUGGCAUAGUACAUCAUGAAGCUCCUUGUACAUGGGACUGUCCCAGUAGCCUGUCAAACCCAGUGAGUGUCUCCCUGUGAGGAAGGGUGGACGUCCCCUGUAAGAUGGCCAGUGUCUAGUGGAACAGUCAGGCAUAAGGAAGAGGGAAUGGCUUUCUGAAUGAAAGUGCCAGUGUUUUUCAGCAGACUCACAACUUAAAGGGAUACGUUUUGUGCCCCCAGCCUAGGCUUGUUUGUCCAUAAUUCGAGCAGCACCAUGAAGAGUUCUAAUCAGUCAUGGCAGGAGGUGAUGGGCCACCUGAUGUACUUCCUGUACACAGUGUUGCCUGGAGCAACAAGCCACACCCACUGGACCAAGGAAGGGGUGGAUCGGGCCUUGUCCUGGGCACAGUAUUGUGAGAGGGCCGUCGCCCACCUCAGGCACAGGGGCAGUAUGCAGAAAGCUCUCGCUACGCUGAUCAGACAGAGCCAGCACAUUGCAAACUUUCGAGACUUGCUGAAGGCCAGGCACAUCUUGUUGAAACUCCUGCUGCAAAAUCAGUUGCUUGAGAACAAUGUGCAGGAACAUAUUCUGACAGUGUCUCAGAGAGCCCAUGGGGUAGACUUUGCCAAACGUGCAGAAUUUACAGUACAGCAGCAGCAGCAGCAUGCCAAGACCCUGCUGACACUACUGACAAAGUCUCAGCACAGCAGCAUCGAUUUGAGGCUUAGAGUGAGGCUCAUGAUGGAGGCAGCACACAACGAAGACCCGGAACAGGUGGGGCUGUGCCUGGCCAAGGUGGCUCACUCCCCGGCCUCACUGCAGGCUGGCAUCAAGGCUGCCCUGCUGGAGGGGGAGGAUGUGGGCAUCAAGGUGGGCCCAGCAGUGGUGCAUUGGGUGCGAGGGGUGGUGGCCUCCCCCCAGCACCGACAGUACAGGCGUGUGCUAGGCUGCCUGUGCUCCCUUGCACCCCACCAUUUGUCCAAGGCUCUGGCCAAUCACCCACAGCUUGUCAUGGCAGUCUUGGAGUGUGUCCACAGAGAAGCACGCAAUCUGGAGCCACGCUAUGAUAGAGAUGAGUGCCGCUGGUGUCCUUGUGGCCCCUUGGUGCUCAAGUGGGAGGACCUGGUGAGGACAUACGCUGUUCUGAGCAGCCACAAGAAAAUGGGUGCGCGUGUGGAGGAGGCGGUGGAGGGCUGGAGGAUGCUGGAUGGGAGCGCAGUGUGGGGGGACAUUGUGAGGCAGACUAAAGCUUCCAGCAUGCCACUCACACCCAGCGCCAGUGACAUGAAAACAUAAAAGGGAAAUGAGUAAUUAUUAUCAGUGUUUAUUAAUUUUGGGCUUUUGUAAUGAAUUUAAGGAAAGGAACUGUAAACAAAAUUUUCCUUUUCCAAAGCCUGUCGGUGAUGUACUAAUUGAUAAUGCAUAGUUUAUCCUCUUUUAAUGACCUUUUAUAGCAUAGGAUAAUGUGUUAUAUUGUUUUACUAGUAAAUAUAGGACUGAAUAUUGCAAAGUUGGAGGAGCAAAGGAGUAGUGUGUUUUAUACUCGGCAUUAUGACGUAGGUAAGUACAAAUGUGAAUAUUGAUUUACCCUGAUUCAAGAAUUUCGUGGAAGAAAAAAUAUACCUUUACGUUGUUUAUUUGUUUACUGAUUAAAUAAGAAAUUCAGGAAGCAAUAAAGGUAGUCAUUCCAUUGUGG